CUACCUUCCGGUCAUAAUGUCCGGACAAAACUCUCCUCACAUGUCCCCGUCAGAUCUGUCGGAGACGACCACCCUCGCCCACGGCCACGACGCCGACGCCGACGCUGCCCACCCCGUCCACUUCCAAGAGCCGGCGCACGACCGCGAGCACAAUGCCGCCCUCUCGCGGCAGCGCACGCCCGCGCCCAAUCCUCACCGCGCCCUCUCCCUCUCCCUCCACAAGUCGCUCUCGCACACGGGCGAGAACCUCACCCGUUCCUUCUCCCGUUCCUCGCAGCGUUCGACCUUCUCCCAUGACCUCACUCGACCCGAUAUGUCCUUCCCCGCCGCCACGACCAACGUCGAGGUCGGCGGUAUGACCGACGAGUACCGUAUGUCCACCGCCCAGGGUUACAUCCCCGGUAAGGAGGCGCUUCACCCUGUGCCCUCCCGGCUAUACCGUACUCCGACCGUCCUCGCGGACGCGGAGAAGGCGAUGAAGCUCAAGGACAUGAAGUUCGUCACAUGGAAGGAGGACGAUCCCGAAGAUCCGCGUAACUUCAGCGAUGCGUACCGGUGGUACAUCACCGCCGUCGCUGCCAUGUCCGUCGUCUCGGUCGCGUUCGCCUCCGCAGUCGUCACUGGCGACUUCCACGAUAUCGAAGAAGAAUUUCACGUCGGCGAAGUCGUCGUCGCGCUCUCGGUAACCCUCAUGGUCGUCGGAUUCGGCAUUGGCCCCUUGGCGUGGUCUCCGCUUUCCGAGCUCUACGGCAGACGACCGCUAUGGAUCAUCCCGACGAUCAUCUACGUUAUCUUCAACAUCCCCUGCGCCCUCGCCAAAAACAUCCAGACCCUCCUCAUCUGCCGAUUCUUCUGCGGCAUCUUCGCUUCGGCCCCCCUCACCCUCGCCGGCGGCACGAUCUCCGACGUCUGGGACAACAACGAGCGCGGCUUCGCAAUCGCCCUCUUCGCCGCCGCCCCGUACGGCGGACCGGUGCUCGGCCCCAUCGUCGGUGGUUUCGUCGGCGAAACCGUCGGCUGGCGCUGGAUACUCUGGGUCAACAUGAUCUUCGCCGGCGUCGUCGCGUGUUUCAUCAUGACUAUCCCCGAAACGUUCGCGCCCGUGCUCCUCCGCAAGCGUGCCGCGCGCCUGCGCGAAGAAACCGGCGACACCAGCUACACGACCGAGCAAGAGAUGUUCCAAGCCUCCUUCGGCCAGAUCUUGACCGAGACCCUCAUCCGGCCCUUCCAGAUGACGGUCACCGAGCCGAUCUUGCUCCUCAUGUCGCUCUUCAUCGCGCUCAUCUACGGCCUGCUAUACGCCUUCUUCUUCUCCUUCCCCGUCGUCUUCGGCGAGGACUACGCCUGGGACGACGGCCACGUCGGCCUCACCUUCUGCUCCGUCCUCAUCGGCCUCGCCAUCGCCCUCCUCGUCACGCCCCAGCUCGAGAAGAACUACGCGAAGCGCGCCGCGGCCAAGGGCGGGCGCGCCGACCCAGAGGACAGAUUAAUCGGCAUGAUGAUCGGCGGCCCGUUCGUGCCCAUCUCGCUCUUCAUCUUCGGCUGGACGAGUCCGCCGUACGUGCAGCCCGGCGGUGGCAACUGGGUCGGUCCCGUCAGUUCCGGUAUCCCCUUCGGCUUUGGCAUGGUCAUCAUCUACUUCUCCGCCAACGCCUACCUAAUCGACGCCUUCCCGGGUUACGUCGCCAGCGCGCUCGCCGCCAAGACCGUCAUCCGUUCCGGUGCUGGCGCGGCCAUGCCGCUCUUCAUCACCCAGAUGUACCACGGCCUCGGCAAUGGCUGGGCAGCCUCUCUUCUCGCCUUCGUCUCCCUCGCCAUGAUCCCCAUCCCUUUCCUGUUCUACCGGUUCGGCAAGUCCAUCCGGGCGCGCUCGAAGCGUGCAACCGCGUAAAAGCUUCCUCCGCCGUCUCGUCCUGUAGAGCACCAUAGACCGAUUUCGGGCAUCAUCCACCAUCCACCAUCAACGACACAUAUUUCGUUCCUUCAUCGGACUGGUUUUGCCGUUUUCAGUAGUUAGACAUCAUCGAUCAUCGCGCCCUUUACGGCCACCUUAGACCGUUACCACACAUUCUAGGAUAAUCCGCAAUGAUUCAAAUAAUGUUAUUUUUACC